AUGGGUGUUUUCCUAUUGCAAGAAGUCCUGCAACAGCAGAGAGCAAAAGGAAUCUCCUCAUCUGUUCCGUAUAAAAAUAAGACUUCAUGGAAGAAGACCUGGAGCACUCGUAGCCACAUGUGUGGUGAAUUGAAGAGGGAUCAUGUGGGACAACAAGUCACAGUCUGUGGGUGGGUUCAGCACCAAAGAAUGGACCAGUUUCUUGUUCUUCGUGAUGUCAGUGGAAUCCUCCAAGUCACUGUUCCUCCUGAAAUGCAGAAGGAGAAAAUUUUGAGCUCCCUCAGCUUGGAGAGUGUGGUGAGAGUGUCAGGAAAGGUGGAGAGGAGACCACCAGGCCUUGAAAAUUCAGCCAAAGAGUCUCUGAGAAUGGAAUACAGAUAUCUUGAUCUGAGGCGUCCUCAGAUGCAGAGAAAUCUACGCCUUCGAUCCAAAGUAUUGGCAGAAAUGCGAAAGUGUUUAAUUGAGAAGAAUGGCUUUGUGGAAGUGGAAACUCCAACACUUUUUAGGAGGACUCCUGGAGGUGCUCAAGAGUUCAUAGUACCCACCCAGGUCCCUGGAAAGGUGUAUUCCUUGGUACAAAGCCCUCAGCAGUUUAAGCAGCUGCUGAUGAUAGGUGGCAUUGAUAGAUACUUCCAGGUGGCUCGUUGCUAUAGAGAUGAAGGUGCCCGACCUGAUAGACAACCUGAGUUUACUCAGUUGGAUUUGGAAAUGUCCUUCACAGACAGGGAUAAAGUCAUUGGAGUGACAGAAGAAAUCCUUAUCUCAAGCUGGCCUAAAGAACUUGGUCCAGUGAGAGCACCUUUCCUUGAGAUGACUUAUCAAGAGGCAUUAGAGAAUUAUGGGACUGACAAGCCUGAUUUAAGGUUUGCUUCCAAGAUCCAAGAUGUGACAGAAGCACUACACAAUUGUGGAGUCAACUUCAUUCAAAAUGCUUUGAAUACAACGGGAGGCUGUGUGAAGUGCAUUGUUUUUCCUGGAGCAGCUGACUAUGUGAAAUUAUGGUCUCCCUUGAAAGAGGACAAGGAAUUGAUUUCAUCCAUCAUAGUGAGGAGCAAAAGCCAAUGGAAGUCACCUCUGAACAAAUUUAUGAACACCUCAUCAAAGGAAAUGCUGACUGACAUUCUCAAUGUCAGCAUUGGGGAUGUUAUUUUUCUGGCUGCUGGACCAAGUCCCAAAAUUUUGGAUGUUUUGGGGCGAAUACGACUGAAUUUCUGUCAACAUCUGGAAAACAGUGGUGUUGAAGUGAGAGAGAAGAAUGCAUAUAAGUUCCUCUGGGUCACUCACUUUCCUUUGUUUCUCCCUGGGGACAAGGAAGGGGAAGUGGAAAGUGCUCAUCAUCCUUUCACAAGGCCCAUCAAAGAACACAUGGACUUAAUUUUCAAAAAUCCACUAAAGGUGACGGGAGAACACUAUGAUCUGGUGCUGAAUGGUCAGGAGAUAGCAGGAGGAUCUAUGCGAAUACAUGAGGCAUCACUUCAACGUCAUGUACUUGAGAAGAUACUCCAAGUUGAUAGCAAUCAGCUGAAGCAUCUUUUGGAAGCUCUUGACUCUGGAGCUCCUCCUCAUGGCGGUAUUGCCAUUGGUGUGGAUCGACUAUUGGCUAUCAUGUGUGGAAGUUCAAGUAUCAGGGAUGUAAUAGCCUUCCCUAAGUCUCAUGAAGGCCGUGAUCCAAUGUCAGGAGCACCUGCAAUCAUUUCUGAAGAGGAGAAGAAGCUGUAUCAUAUCUCUAUAAUAGAAAAAAGUGACCCAAUGGCUCGUCCUAAAAUUCCCCAGCAAAUCCCAAUGGACCCAGGCCAAGACAAACUUGCAAAUGUGAAACACUGGCUUUGCCUGUACCCUGCCUACUUAAACAAGAAUAAGAGUGUGGCUGAAGGGAGGCGUAUUCCAAAGGACAAGGCUGUCGUUGAUCCUACAUGCUUGGAGAUCAGAGAUGUUCUUCAAGCAGCAGGAUUGGAUGUUGUUAUGGAAAACAAAGUCUACCCAAGGGAGAAGGUCAAGAACAUGUUGCACCGAGGCCGAGUCAGGUAUCGAUUGAAGGACGAAAACAAUCAAAUCUUAAAUCCCAAAUUUCCAGACAAGACCUCAGUGAUGCUUCAUGCUGCUGAAACCAUCCCAAAAUUGAAGAGCCGCUCUCAGAGACAAAGUGCAGGUGCUGAACAGUCCCAUGGAGGCCAAAAUCCAGGUGCCAAGAAGAAACCAAAGAAAAAUAAGCUGGAUCAGCAACAUCCAGCUUUCUUGCAAUGCACAUUCAUGGCAAACAGAAAGACUGCCUGCCUUGGGUUUGGGUGCUCUACAGAGACCAUUGAAGAGCUGGACAGACCAAAGAGAAAAAAGAAGGAGGAAGUCAAAGAAACAGAUCAAGAGGAAAAGGGAACUAGUUCAGGAGGAUUUGGAUCAAGUUUCAUUUCAUCUAUCUUUGACAAAAACCCAGAGAUUCCACAGAUUUCAAAUUUAAAAAACCAAUUGGGACUGGAGACACUGACAUUGAUCCAGCAACAAGCCAUACCUCAUGUCCUGAAUGGGAAAAAUGUCCUUGUGAAGUCCCAGACUGGCUCUGGGAAAACUCUGGUUUAUCUGUUGCCCAUCCUCAAUACCUUGCAAGCAACGCAGCCCAAAAUCUCCCGUGAACAGGGGUUCUAUGCCAUCAUUAUUGUCCCAACUCGAGAACUUGCUCUUCAGACCUAUGAUUGGUUGCUCAAACUCUGUCCAUCCUUUGCAUGGAUUGUUCCUGGACUGUUAAUGGGAGGAGAAAAGAGAAAGAGUGAAAAGGCCCGCAUCAGGAGAGGGAUCAACAUCUUGGUAACCACACCUGGUCGUCUUCUUGAUCACAUUGAAAACACCCACAAUAUAUCAUUUGCUCGAGUGAGAUGGCUUGUUCUCGAUGAAGCAGAUCGUCUCAUGGACAUGGGAUACGAAAAGGAUGUGUCUAGCAUUGUGUCUGCUCUAAAUGGAGAGCACACCAGUCAGAGGCAGACAGUGUUGCUGUCUGCAACACUAACACCUGCAGUUGAACGCCUCGCUGGUCUCACUCUUGCAGACCCCGUGUUUGUUGAGGCAUCUUCAUGCUCAAACACAUCUGCUAUGAAGGAUUCCAGUAUGCCUUCAGUCACUCCUUCAAGCCUUAGGCACUUUUACAACCCAGAAGAAGGAAAGGUGUUGGUGUUCAUGGCCACACAGGACAUGGUGGACUAUCACCUAGAACUUUUUAUCAGAAUCCUUCAGCCACAAGGACUAUUAGAAGAUGAAGAGGCCAAUGGUUUAGUGAAAAUCCUGAAGCUUCAUGGAAACAUGACCCAAAAGGAUCGCUCAGCAGUCUUCAAGGAAUUUCGUGAAGCAAGUGCUGGAGUUCUUCUGUCUACUGAUGUAGCUGCAAGAGGUUUGGAUCUGCCAAAAGUCAACUGGAUAAUUCAGUAUAAUCCCUGCAGCUCUGUGUCAGAUUAUGUCCACCGUGUUGGUCGUACUGCAAGGGUGGGACAGCGAGGGUCUGCUCUUGUAUUCCUUACCCCAUCUGAAACAGACUACAUCAAGCUGCUUGAAGACACACUCAUCAGACUGGAGGGCAUGCCUAUGGAGGAUAUUCUCUCCAACUUGCUUACUGUCUCUAAUAAUGAGAUUUGUCGUGGUCGAACCAUGGAAGAACGAGCAACAGAUCUUCAGCUUCACUUUGAGAAUGCUAUUCUUCAAGAUAAGGAGCUUCACAAUUUGGGUGUGAAAGGUUGUGUCUCUUUCAUCCGAUCCUAUGCCUCUUAUCCCAACUCGGUGAGGGAGGUCUUAUGUUUCAAGAAACUUCAUCUGGGUCACGUGGCAAAGAGUUUUGCUCUAAGAGACACUCCUUCAGAACUUGGACUCAAGUCCAGAUGGCAAGGCAACAAAGCCAGAGAGAAGGUUGCAUCGAAAAGGGAAGAGAGAGUGAGAUGGAAGAAGACUUUCUCUACCAGAGUCAAAGAUGGCCACAGACUUCCACAAAACAUGACCCAAGUUUGUGAAUACAGCAGUGGGUUAUCAGGAAUACGUCUGAGUGAGAAAAAUCCCAGUGCCAAGCCACGGAAGACUCCAGAACCUACCCCACUUUUGAGUAGACCCCAACCAGCUUGGCCACAAGAUCUCUCAUUGGAGACUCAGAAAAAAAACUGGGAAAUUGCAGUGACAGAUCGUGUAGAAUGA